AUGAUUGGUUUUAUUCUGGGACAUGAUAAUAAAGAUCCUCCGACAUUUACAUUUGGGGAAGCACAGUUCAUGCUGACAGCUGAGGAUGUCAACGGUUUUACUCCAUUAUUGACAGUCGUUUAUCAUAAUAAUUUGGUUAGUUUUCUUAAAAUUUUUAAAGUAUUAAGAGCAAAUAAAAAUGGUAUUGAAGCAUAUACAAAAACUGGAAGUAAUGUUUUGCACAUAUGCUGCGAAAAUAAAAAUUCAUACAUGAUUCGUUUACUGGGUAAAAUACUUCAACAGACAACAUUUAAGCAUAUGCUCGACGAACGAAAUCAGAAUGGUAACACACCUGCUGACAUGACAAUUAAGAACAGAAAUAAAGAAAUCUUGAAUCAACUCUAUGUUUUACAAAACAAUGAUGGUAAAAAAGGUAUUAUAGGACAGUUACAUGCUGCAGUUAUGAUUGAAAAUAGUUUGGAAACAGUCAAAUAUUUAUUGAAAAAACAAAUUCUGGAAACGAAGGCUUAUGAAACACUGAGAGACGACAACAGCGCAAACAUCAAUGGUGAAAUUUAG